AUGGAGAAAACUUGGAAAUCUGUUCCUCUGAAAAGGGAAAAGAGAGAAAAAGAACAAAUCCGUAAACUCUUCAUUGGUGGCUUGAGCUCUGAAACCACAGAAGAACGUCUGAAGAACUACUACCAGCAGUGGGGAACACUUACAGACUGUGUGGUCAUAAGAGAUCCUGCAAGCAAAAGAUCAAGAGGCUUCGGUUUUGUAACUUUCUCAUCCGUAGAUGAGGUGGAUGCUGCCCUGGCUGCCAGACCUCAUUCCAUUGAUGGUAGAGUGGUUGAGCCCAAGCGUGCUAUUUCAAGAAAGGAAUCUGAAAAGUCGGGGGCUCGUGUAACUGUGAAGAAGCUGUUUGUUGGUGGAAUUAAGGAAGAUACUGAGGAACAUCAUCUUAGAGAUUACUUCGAGAAAUAUGGAAAAAUAGAUGCCAUUGAGAUAGUUACUAAUAGGGAGUCUGGAAAGAAAAGAGGCUUUGGAUUUGUUACUUUUGAUGACCAUGAUUCUGUGGACAAGAUUGUGUUGCAGAAAUACCAUACCAUCAAUGGUCAUCAUGUAGAAGUUGGAAAGGCUUUGUCCAGACAGGAAAUGCAGGAGGACCAGGAGGUGGCAAUUUUGGAGGUGGUCUUGGUUAUGGAGGAGGAUAUGGUGGUGGAGGUCCUGGAUAUGACAACCAGUAUGGGGGCUCUGGAGGUGGUUAUGGCAAUAAUUUUGGAAAUUAUAACCAGCAAACUUCUAAUUAUGGUCCAAUGA